GCUAUAUACUCUCAUAUAAUUCAUUGACUUUAUGUUUACUGUAAUAAAGGAGAACCCUGCUGAAAGAUCAACUCCCAUUAGUUUUCGAUUCAUGAAUCAAACAUUGUUAGCUAUGAAAACUGAAAUUAGAACUCUGGAAACCUGAGGAAUGGCGUUGAUGUGAUUUCUCUAGCAGGAUGUCAAGGGUUUUGCUUGAUAUAGCCCAGCCAACAUUCAGCCUUGCUUUACAGGUUGGCUUUGCAAUGGCAUUACUGCUCUUCUUAGUGCUGCUGCAACUCUUCCCAGUGAACUGUCUGGACUUCAUUCAGGGGCGCAUUGUUGGAGGAUACACCCCAUCACCGAAUUCAAUCAAAUACAUUGUAUCAAUACAAAGCUCCAAAGGUGUGCACUUCUGCGGUGGAUGUCUGGUCCAUAAAUACUGGGUGCUCACAGCUGCUCAUUGCAAUGGGGUUGGUGACAUGAUGGUGGUGGCUGGAGAUUUUACUCUGGGUACUUAUGAGGGAACCGAGCAGUUGUCCAAACCUCAGUCUCUGAUCCCACAUCCACUGUACAACAGGAGCACUAAUAAUGCAGACAUCAUGCUAAUAAAGCUUAGUGUGCCCAUAGAGCUGAACAGGUAUGUGUCCCUCGCCCCGCUCCCCAAACAGAAUGCAGGGUUACUGGCGGGCAGGAUUUGCCGCGUGUCUGGGUGGGGCUCCACCAGCCACAGUGGAGGUCAAAAUCCCCUCACUCUCCAGACAGUCAAAGUCCCCAUCGUCUCUACUGCCAAGUGCAAUGGCAGUGAAUCUUUCAAUGGAAACAUCACAGCCAAUAUGAUCUGUGCGGGGACAAGCAAAGGGGGAAAAGAUGCAUGUAAGGGGGAUUCUGGUGGCCCUUUAGUGUGUGAGGGACGGGUCUACGGUCUCGUCUCUUGGGGAAAUGGCUGUGGAGAUCCCAAAUUUCCAGGAGUGUACACAGCCGUUUCCAGGUUCCGCAGAUGGAUUGACCAAACCAUAUACAGCCCGUACUUACGAUGCAUGAAGCCAUGAAAUCAAACUUCACUAUACUUAGAGAAGAGGACAAUUUAGAUUUAAGCACAUUGAACUAUAUGAUAAAAUGCUUUUUAAAUACAUUUUUAUUUCUUACAAUUGUUUAAUAGAGAAGAGGCUUAUGCAUAUGUAUCCUCAAGGUUAAAAUUUUGUCAAGCCGGCUGUCAAUCUGUGAUGUUUAGAUUGUCUAUUAAGCAAUAAUAGUACUAAUAAAGAGUAAUGCUGCUCUUCUUAAUGUUGCUACAACUCUUCCCAGUGAAUUGUAAGUAAACUAACAACAGUAAUUACAUUUCUUGUGCAGGAUUUUCAGAAAUAUUCCAGAGAAGUGCAUGCUUCAAAAGCUCUCUCUGUCAUUUAAACUUUAUUGUUGCUCAGUGUUUGCUAAAUCAUCCACCCAUUACGUAACCACUAUUAAAACUGACAAUGUUGACAUAGAUUAGUGGUAGACCGAUAUUGUUUUUUCAAUUCUGCAUUCAAUCCCAUCCGGCAAUGCUGAAAAUUUGGAUAUGACCGUAUUUGCACCUGCUAACAUGCAUUGCUUAGCACAUCAUUGAUAACAGUGGAUAACAUGUGAAAUGCAGGUUUUUGCAAUGGUAUCCAGUGUUGGGGAAAGGUACUUUUAAAAGUAAGGCAUUACAAUAUUAAGUUACUCUCCAAAAAAGUAACUAAUUGCGUUACUUAGUUACUUUUCAUGGAAAGUAAUGAUUACGUUAUUUUUGCGUUACUUUUGGGUUACUUUUUCUUGAUCUCUUUCAGGACUUGCAGGUGGCUUUCCAUCGCAAAAAUGACUGAAACUCCACUCAGGCGCGCACGCAUAGAGUGCGUAAAUCUACGUUAAUACGUUUAGUUUAAUGCAGUACAUUGUUUUUUUACAUAGAAUUAAUUAAACUGAAAAGUAACUCAAAUAUUAUUAUGUAUGCGUUACUUUACUUGUUACUUCAGAAAAGUAAUAUUAUUACGUAAUGCACGUUACUUGUAAUGCGUUACCCCCAACACUGAUGGUAUCACAUGCCAAUUUGUAUGUAUUUUAUGAGGUGGAUAAUUUGUAUUAAUUUGUACACUGUAAAAAGUUAGAUCAACUUAAAAAAUUACUUCAAUUGGUCACACUUACAAAAAUUAAGUUUAUUCACCUAAAGUGAAAUUUUAAGUUGAAAAAACAUUACUACCUUUUCACUUUUUACACUGUAUGACUACAAUCGUACAUUUUUGUACAUUUGCUUUUGCCCGUAAUGCUGGGGUUAUGGGCAGGUUAUGAGGGGGUUUCGUUAUUGUUUUUAUGAUAAUCGUACAUUUUUGUACGAUUAACUUUG